UAGCAGACAUCUAUCAGUUAAGCAUAAGAGAGGUUGACACUGACACCAUCAAGAUGAGGAUAGUGAUAUUGGCUGUGAGUCUGGCUCUGAUGCUGGCUUGUGGUGAAGCCCUGGACUGUCUCCACUGUGUGCCUGCGAGGGCUGGUGGUGACUGUGAGGUGAAAGUACAAACAUGCCCCCCAGAGAAGAAUGCAUGUGCAGCAGCUAAGUUCCGCCUCGCUCCAUAUGGGCAUUUCCAGAGAUGCAUUGACAUGUCAGGCUGCAAGAACUUCGAACUGAACGCCUACAUAGACAUAAAGUGCUGUGAUACUGACAAAUGUAACACAUUUUAGAACUCUCUGCUGUAAUCCCAGCAACUGGAACCAACAUUUUGUCUGAAGGGACUAUUCUGUUGUAACAUUCUAGAAUUUAUGUUUUGAUUCACAUUCUAGAAGAGUACAAUUCAUUUGAAA